AUGAACUCGUCCGCCAAAACACUGGUGUUGACCAGAAUCUCCACCAAAUCGAUCGCCAACGUUGGAACCUCUGCCAACAUUGUUCUCCGAAGAGAGUUGGCCAGCGACAUGUCGACGUCACUCAAAAUGAAGUCGACCUCGUCUUUGCCAGCCUUCCGAAUAAAACUCCCAAUUCCCGACCUGAGGUUUGAGCAGGUGUUCCGCAAGAAGCUGCUUGUUGCUGCCCAGCAGCAGAGCAAGGCAAGGGCCAAGACUACAGAUGUUGACCCGCUGCCUAUCAUCACUCCAACUCUUGUCAUUUACACCAUCUUCAAAGACCAGAUAAUUAUGCCUUUUGUACAGGGAUUCGGGUACGCGUUUGCGUUCAUGCUGCUACGGCCCUGGCUCCAAAAAUUCUACCAGAUGGGAAAAUCCAUGGGAGUGCGGAUCGUUACCGGGUUGACAUAUCUAUCGUCCAGCUUAAGACCAACAACUAUUUAG